AAUUAUCGUUAUUUUGUUUAUCAUCACAUGUCUCAUCAUCUAAAUCUCUGCUAAUUGUUACCAUUAUUCUCGAGUAUUGUGAAUUCUUUCCCUGUCUUUGGUUAUAUUUACGCUUCUAUGGUCGCUUUAGUUGUUUCAUUUUCUAAAUUUUUUUCUCCUUCGGUUUUCAUCAACUGUUUUUGUCUUGGAUUUUUUUAAUUACUACUCUUGAUUUGAUUAUUAUUAUAUUUUCAUUUUGUUCUUUCCUUUCCUCUUCUUUGAAAUUUACAUUGAAAUGCUUCUUUUCUCACUGAUCAUUACUCUAGCAUACUGGUCGUCUAUUUGUAAUGGUUACCAGAUUGUCUCUGGUAAAGAUCUUGUUUAUGCCUCAAAUUACAGUUAUUAUGUUUAUAAAUCAACUAAUAGAUUAAGAGAUUUAACAACUUUAAAAGGUGAUGCUGAUCUCUAUAUAGCAAAGGACCGAGUAAAACCUACCACUGAAUUGGAAACUCAUCAAUUACAAAGUGUCUCAUGUGGUAUUGAUAUUGUCGAUAUUCCUGACAAUUUUAGUCCUGAAUUUACUAUCGGUGUUUAUGGUCAUCUCUUUGAUUAUUCAGUUUAUCAAUUGGAUAUUGUGAGUUACACCGAAGAGGAAGACAUAAGUGCCCAUGAGAAUGGUUCAGUUGAUCUAAAAGAUAAGGCUGAGAUUUAUCGAUUAAUCCAGUUGAUUGAAGAAGGUGCAUUUAGUGAGGAAUCAAGGAACCGGGUAAAGAUGGAGAAGAUCCUGAUGAUGAAAGUGAUAAUGAAAAGAGACUCUAUUCACAGCCCUUUACACUAUUUAUUGGACUUUAUUUUGAUUUGUCUCAUGUGUUUAUCAAUUGGAUAUUGUGAGUUACACCAAGAGGAAGACAUAAGUGCCCAUGAGAAUGGUUCAGUUGAUCUAAAAGAUAAGGCUGAGAUUUAUCGAUUAAUCCAGUUGAUUGAAGAAGGUGCAUUUAGUGAGGAAUCAAGGAAACCGGGUAAAGAUGGAGAAGAUCCUGAUGAUGAAAGUGAUAAUGAAAAGAGACUCUAUUCACAGCCCUUUUACACUAUUUAUUGA